CUAAUAGUUAAUCUAUAGUUUCAUGUGUAUCUAUGAUUCUAUAUAAUGUCCAUUUCUCUCAUUGAUUGCCCACAUCCUUUCUUAUUGCACUUGUUGAUAGAAGUGAAAGAGCAUAUUCUUUUAUCACUCUGUACCGUCACAAUAUGGGCUAUCCGUACUACUCUCCUCCGCCGCCGCCUCCCGCUUGCGACUUUGCCCCGCCGCCGCCGCCGCCACCAACUCCAGCGUGUGAUUUUGGCAGUCCACCUCCUCCGCCUAAUCCCCAUUAUGUUCACCCGCCGAAACCAUCGCCGCCGUCGUGGUCAUCACCUCCACCACACUACCACCCGGUACCGCCUCCGCCAUCACCGAAUCAUCAUGUCUAUCACAGCCCUCCCCCUCCUCAACACCAUAACCAUCCAACGUCACCCCCACCAACAUCGCCACCCAAAAACCACCAUGAGCCACCACCAUCAAAUCCAGCACCGCCUCCAGCACCUUCCUCUCCAUAUAAGCCACCACCACAUGAAAUUCCGCCGCCGCACUCAAGCAGAGCUCCGACUCCCAUGCCAUCCUAUCCACCUCCGAGCCCCGGCUCAGCACCACCACCUAAUCUCACGUCGCCCCCAACCCCAACUCCUUCCGCCAACAGUCCUGUUCCACCACCAUCUCAUUUGACUCCACCUCGAGUACCAACACCGAACCCUGGCUCACAACCGCCGCUAUCACCACAGGCCACCUCUCCCACUUCUCCAAUCGGCCAACCGCCGACAAAGCCGGCAAGUGCACCAGGCCCCGCUAAGAGUUCAAGUCAACCACCACGAUCAUCACCCCCAAAAGUAUCACCACCCUACAACAAGCCACCCCCAUCUUAUCUCGCGCCUGCUCCAAAUAAUGUGUUCACACCGCCCAUCUACGGUGUGCCACCGCCACAAAGAUCACUAACCCCAUCAUCCUCGGCUCUUCCUCCACCACCUCCUUCCUCUGGAGGGGGGAACCACACCACUGUGAUCGCGGUAUGCGUGUCGCUAGGUGGCGUCUUCAUUCUGGCGUUCCUCGCACUGGGGCUCUUCUGUUUGGCAAAGAAGAAGAAGAAGCCGGUGUUGGUCCCUGGAGCAGCAGCCGCUGCUUGCGUAGAUGUGGAGGAACACGAAGUAGUCCACGAGGUUAUAACAACCGGUCCGUGCGGAGAACAGUCAGCGACAAUCGAUAUAGAGGACGUCGUGGAAAUUCAUGCAGCGGGUGGUGCCGUAACCGGUUCUGGUGUUGGUGUUGUUGCUGCUGGGGCUCAAGCUUCUUGCGAACCUGCGCCGACCGGUGGUUCGUGCCAUGACGGUCCAGUACGUAACAGCAGCUACUGAGUCUGCGAAACUCGGUCUGGCCCUGAACCGUGCACCGCAUCGAGAUUUUCUUGGUGGUCACGAGCUUGUGACACCUUGUUUUUGUGGUCAAGUGAUCGUAUCUGUCGUUGUGUGUGUGUUCAUUCUUUCCGGUUGCGGAUUGGACUGGAUUGAAUUGUAUUUUUGUUU